GAUAAAGCAAUCUGAGUAUUUGUCUUUGCUACAGCUGAAUUAGGUGUCCUUUUGUUGAGCGCUCGCAGGAAGCAUUUCCAGCAGAAAGCAUAAAUAAAUUGCAGCAGAAAAUGGAAAAAGAAAAAAAGAAGGAAAGCUAUAUUCUGAAAAAUAAAAAUAUGUUUUUUUUUUUCUUUCUUUCUCCCUUUUCUACUCCGUUAGACAUUACAAAUUAUGCUUCAACAGCCUUCUCUUUACAAGUAGAAAUGACUUUCCUAUGUCAAAACUAAUACAACCUUGUUAUCUUAAACAAGGACAUUACUUUUCUCCUAAAUCAGAUUAUUCUUAGCGCAUCGUAUUUAUGUCUCGUGACUCAGUUCCUGCUUCUUGCGUCACAUGUUUCUUGAUCAGUGAUUCUAUUCUUGUAUGACGUAAGUGCUUAUGUCAACAUAAAAAGAAUCUGCCGUUUCCAAUACACAAUCCACUUGCUUAGUCAGACUCCAUUGCUUUCUUCCAAAAAUUCUGAUGCAAGACUAAGAAAAGGUUAUAGAAAAUGACAGGGAAAAAGCUGCUUCAAAUGUUAGCCUUUCUUGAUCCUAUCGACCAGUUUGGUCUGGAAAUCAGCACAUAAGAAUUCCCUUCUCUGCUACAAAACUUUUAGAUCAACCAUCUUUCUACUUCUUUUCUCUGUUCAAAUUUUUUUUUUCUUUUAAGCUCAAUCAGUUCAUGCUUACAGUAUCAAAUGGACAGUGAUGCUAAAAGACAUCCUGAGCUUUACUUUUUCUUCUUCCCAUUUAUGGCUCAAGGCCAUAGUAUUCCACUCAUAGACAUGGCCAAACUAUUUGCAUCAAGAGGCCAAAAGGUAAGUAUAAUUACUACUCCUGUCAAUGCACCUGAUAUAUCCAAAGCAAUUGAGAGAAGCAGGGUUUUGGGUCAUGAAAUUGACAUUCUUAUCAUCAAAUUCCCUUGUGUGGAAGCUGGAUUGCCUGAAGGAUGUGAGCACUUGGAGUUGGUUACUUCACCUGAAAUGGGGUUAAAUUUUUUCAUGGCCACUGAUAUACUUGCUAAGCCACUUGAACAUCUCUUGAAACAGUACCGUCCUGAUUGUCUGGUUGCAGACACUUUCUUUCCAUGGUCUAAUGAAGCUGCAUCUAAAUCUGGUAUUCCAAGAAUUGUAUUUAGUGGAACUUGUUUCUUCUCUUCAUGUGCUUCACAGUGUGUGAAUAAAUAUCAGCCUUACAAGAACAUAUCAUCCGAUACCGAUCUUUUUGUCAUUCCAGAAUUUCCAGGUGAGAUCAAGUUGACAAGAAACCAACUUCCAGAAUUUGUUAUACAACAAACUGGCUUCUCUGAGUUCUAUCAGAAAGUAAAAGAAGCAGAAGCUAAAUGCUAUGGCGUUAUUGUCAAUAGCUUCUACGAGCUCGAACCCGAUUAUGUUGAUAAUUUCAAGAAAGUUUUAGGAAUCAAAGCAUGGAACAUUGGCCCCAUUUCAUUAUGCAAUAGUAACAUUCAGGAUAAAGCAAAGCGAGGGAGAGAAGCAUCUAUUGAUGAAAACGAGUGUUUGGGAUGGCUCAAUUCAAAGAAACCAAACUCUGUUAUUUAUAUUUGCUUUGGAAGUGUUGCGAAUUUCCUUUCUUCACAACUUCUUGAGAUUGCAAUGGGUCUUGAAGAUUCUGGGCAGCAGUUUAUUUGGGUGGUAAAGAAAAGCAAGAACAAUCAAGAAGAAUGGUUACCUGAGGGGUUUGAGAAAAGAAUGGAAGGGAAGGGACUAAUAAUACACGGAUGGGCACCUCAAGUAACGAUUCUUGAACAUGAAGCAAUUGGAGGAUUCGUAACUCAUUGCGGAUGGAAUUCAACGCUUGAAGCAAUAGCGGCAGGAGUGCCAAUGGUUACAUGGCCAGUAGCUGCUGAGCAGUUUUACAACGAAAAGUUGAUAACUGAGAUAUUAAGAAUUGGAGUUGCUGUGGGUACUAAAAAAUGGUCUAGAGUAGUUGGUGAUAGUGUGAAGAAAGAAGCCAUAAAGAAGGCAGUGACACAAGUUAUGGUGGAUAAGGAAGCAGAGGAAAUGAGAUGUAGGGCAAAAAACAUUGGAGAAAUGGCAAGAAAAGCAGUUUCGGAAGGUGGAUCUUCUUACUCUGAUUUUAAUGCCUUCAUUGAAGAAUUGAGGAGAAAAAAGGUCUAGAAUGUUGUUAUUAAUAUUGCAAUGUAGAUUUUUAUUUUCAAUAUCUUCACCUUGGUUAAGAAUUCUUUUCUUCGCCUUUUUUCUUCCAAAUAAAUUUAAGUUCCAUGUA